AUGGAUUUUGUCACCCCACUGAUCACCCUCGUCAGUUGCUUAGUCGACUACGUACUCAGGGCAUUGACAGCAGCUGGGGACUUGGACCGGAAGAUUCAGCUUCUGGAGACGGGCCUCGAGGAACUGAUCGAGGUGAGGGAUGACCUGAGGAAGCAGGUUGACCGGGCCGAGUCAUUGGGCCUCACCCUCACUAGCCAAGUCAAGGGGUGGUUGGAAAGAGUAGACAGGGUCCAGGCCGAGGUAGAAUCCAUUCGGGACGACCUGGCCCACAAGAGGCUGUGUUGUCUGUCCAGGUGCAGAUUAUACGGCAAAGUCGAGGAGAACCUCAACUUAGUCGACGAUCUCAAAGAGAAAGGCAAACUCGAGGUGGUCCUGCCGGAUGGGCUGCUCCUUGUCCCUGUGGUGGAGAUACCUUCCAGACCUGCUGUCGGGCUGGGCCCAAUGCUGGACAAAGUCCGGCAGCUCCUGGCGGAUGAAGACGUUGGGACAGUCGGGAUAUACGGAACAGGGGGCUCCGGCAAGACAACACUACUCAAGUGUGUGAACAACGAGCUCUUCUCCCGGACCCACGGUUUUGACUUUGUGAUCUGGGUCGGUGCCGUCUCAAGGGACAUCGUAAUCGAAAAGAUCCAACAGGCGAUCGGGGCAAGGCUAGGCCUGUCUUGGGACGACGACAACCAGUUGUUUGUGGAGGUGCGGGCCUUGAGGAUACACAGCAUCAUGAGGAGGAAGAAGUUCCUACUGCUCCUGGAUGAUGUCUGGGGAGGGUUCGAUCUCGAGAAGGUUGGGAUCCCGGUCCCUGAUAGGGCGAACGGGAGCAAGGUGAUGUUCACGACCCGGUCGGCCGAGGUGUGUGCCCAAAUGGAUGCUGACCGCACGCUUAGGAUGGAAUUCCUCGGCGAGGAUGAGUCGUGGAAGCUAUUCUACCAAAAAGUUGGUGAUGUUGCGACCCUUGACUCGCCCAAGAUACGGUCCCAUGCCAAGGAUAUCGUCAGGAAGUGUGGAGGCCUCCCGUUGGCCCUGGUCAGCAUGGGGCGGGCCAUGGCUAACAAGAGGACAGAGGAGGAGUGGCGGUAUGCUGUGGAUGUUCUGCGCGAGACACCAUCUGAGAUCCGAGGUAUGGAAGACAUCUUUGCGCUUCUAAAGUUUAGCUACGACAAGUUGGAUAGUGACACUUUGAGGUCGUGCCUGCUGUACUGCUCUUUGUUCCCCGAAGAUUUUAGCAUCGAGAAAGAACAGCUGGUGGAAUAUUGGGCUGGGGAGGGUUUCCUGGACGGCGGCCCCGGGAGCGGGAGCAGCAAACCCCGUAUCAUGGGAUACUCAAUUAUUGGAACGUUGAAAAAUACUUGCUUCCUAGAAACAGAUGAGGACAACGAUUCGCGAAUUAAGAUGCACGAUGUUGUCAGAAGUUUUGCCUUGUGGGUUGUGUCCGGGGCCGGGAAGAGGUUCGUAGCUCGGGCGGGGCAGGGACUUGUGGAGGCACCCGUGGCAGACAGCUGGGAAUGUGCAGAGAGAAUCUCUCUAGUGGAUAACGAGAUAACGGAGCUUUGUGGGACUCCCGUCUGUCCCCACCUUUCGACUUUGCUGCUCCAGUGGAAUAAGGGUCUGACCAGGAUCUCAAAUGGGUUUUUUGAGCAUAUGCCGGCUCUCAAAGUUGUUGACCUGUCGUUCACUAGCAUCAAAGACCUCCCGACAAGCAUCUGCAAGCUAAUUGGGAUCCGCCAUCUGGAUCUUUCUGGAACCAAGUUAAGCCAACUGCCGAGUGAGCUGGGGUCUCUCACGAGCCUAACUCACCUGAAUGUGCAGCGCAAUCAGUACCUGAGCACAAUCCCACGUGACGCACUGUCAGGACUCCACCAGUUGAAGGCCUUGAAUUUGUACUACGGUUAUUCCAGAUGGGAAACGCGAGACGCCAGAGGUUCUGAAAUCAGGCUUUUAGACUUGGAAGGCCUGAGGAAGCUCGAGUCCCUAGGGAUCACUGUGGUCCACUUAUCCACUCUGGACAAAGUCAGGCGAAGUGAAUACAUACGGAAAUGUAUACAGUAUCUAUACAUCAAGGAGUGCGAGGGCCUACACUACUUGCCUGUCUCGUCGUAUCCUGGGGAUGGUGACUGUCUUCGGAGGCUCAGUAUCAACAACUGCAUGGACCUGAAGCACCUGUCAGUCCACGAGGCAGCAGGCUCGGGCUGGCUGCCAAACCUCGAGAUUCUUGCCCUCAACGGCCUUCCAAGACUGACGUCGAUUUGGGGAGACAGGGUGGGUAUCACCCAAGGGUGCCUCCUGAACCUACGGUGUGUCAACAUUUGGUACUGCCACAAGCUGAAGAGUAUUUCCUGGAUUCUGAGGCUCCCGAAGCUCGAGACGGUUUAUGUGUUCUAUUGCCGGGAGAUGGAGGAAGUGGUUAGCGAAGAAGAUGUAACAGAGGGGGACUACUCGAAUGUAUUUCGUAGCCUAAGAGUGUUGUCGAUCAGGGAUGUGCCCGUGCUGAGGAGCAUCUGCCCCAAGGCUAUGUUUUUCCCUUGCCUGAAGAAAAUUGCGGUUAUAGACUGCCCGAAUUUGAGGAAGCUUCCGGUCAGAGCACAAAAUGCCUCAGAACUGCCGACUGUUUACUGCUACAGGGAGUGGUGGGAAAAUCUGGUGUGGGACAACGCUGAGACAAAGCGUGUUUUGCUUCCCUAUUUCAUGGAGGCUUGA